AUGGCGGACGGACGGAAGAGAGUCAGGCUGGCCAGGAACCCCGAGUUUGGGUGGUCUUGCGUUUGCAUUGCGGGACUGUCUGCGUUGAAGAUCGUUGAGUAGCCACAUAUUAUCAGAACAGCAAGGAACGUUCUGUGGGAAUGUUUUUCGUGGAUGGUGCAUUACCCUGAGUGUGUUUCUUGUGGAUAGUGCAUCAGUCAGAGGAUUCAUUGUACGUUGUGAAGUACGUUAGCCCCUGUCUGUUGAGUCUUUGUGUUCCGAUAUCAUUGUGUUCUGCUUUUGUGCGUUGGUCGAGCGACACGGGU